GUGUGUCAGAACAAUGAUGUGACUGCUGAAUGUCACAGGUGCUGCCAAAAAGCCACCAAAGGCAGAUUGCAGUGUUAAUACUAAGUCCAGGUGGAAAACCGGAGGAGUGAUACACCUCCUGUUGUCAGGCCUGCAGGUAUCAAGCUAGUGAUGUUCUCCUCAGUCUUAAAGUGAACAGAAAUUAAUUUUUGGAGACGCACAAAUAAUUAAAUAUAUAGGGCUUGCAUGAUAAAGAUGAGAGGGCUCUGUUUGCAGAAAUGCAGCAGAAGAUGAAUAGUUUGAGCAGGGGGGUGAAAUCAUGUGAAACUAUGGCUCAUGUGAAACUGUGGGGGUAGACAAUGUAUGAAGAGAGGUGCCAGAAAUUGUCCAUAUGUAUCUGCACUGUGACCACUCUCUGACCUGGCCUUAAGUAGGAAAUAAGGAGGAGGAAAGAAACAGGGAAAUUUGACAUUUUUCAUGUCUGAGAAUAGCAGGAGGAAUUUGGAGCCAGGAUAUAUGUAGGUAAGAGACAAGACAGCUGCACAAGUCAAUGGUCAUGGAUGGAUGGAGUAUAUGGAUUCGAUGAUCACAGUCACAUGUGGGGGGUCAAAUCAAAGUGUUUAAAUGUAUAGUGUGACUUUGAGUAUAAAUCUAACAGGCUGAAGGAGCACGCUUCAGAUUUGCAGGAGGCUUUGCGCUGUGCACAUCUCCCCAUGCGCAUGGGUAAAUAAAAAGGAACAUGGGAAGUGAAGUAUUCUGUCUCGAGUCGUGUGUGUCUUACCAGGUCAGAAUCAAAGGAUCGGGAGUGACAAAAAACAGUCACUUCAAAGGUCAAAUUGCAUUACAUUUCUUCACGUCAAUAUACGGGCUGACAUGUGCUGCAAGUGGCCCCCGGGUGCGAGUUUAAGACCCUUGGUCAGUGUAGAGGAUGGAAAUCAACCAAGACUGUGAAACAUCUGCUGACAUCUGGUUAUAUUCAGUUGUGUACAUCCACAAAGAGCAGCAGGUCAGCUGAUCACAGCCUGUACACUAAGAAAAUUUACUGGAGCUCUCAACAGAAAUGACCAUGACCUGUAAUUCUUUUCCCCACAAUGAGCCAAUACAACUGAUCUUAGUUUCCCCAACCUGCUGAAUCCAAAAACUGGAUGAGGUUAGUGAUGUAAGGUUCAAAUUUCAGAAACCUUUCAUUAAUUCCCUUUAUAUAACAUAAACAUGAGAACAUUUGUGUUUAAAUUUGCUCUGUAAUAUGUUUUUACAAAGUGUUGCGUUCUCUCAUUGUGUAUGUGCUGUCCUCCGUUUCAGGCAUGAAUGAACACAAAUAUAAAGACAACACUGCCUCCCUGUGGAGAGAUUGCAUCCUAGGCAAGACCAUGGCUCUUUUUUUGUUCAAGAGCUUUAAAUCUAAUGGAAGUGUGUGCGUUUAGAAACUAGAAAGAGACUGUUCACAGUCACAGUUUCCUUUAGCUUAAAUAUGAUCACUUCACAUGCUGUGAAAAAUAAUUAGUGUCCUACAGCCAUACGACAUGAUGAUAUUGAAUUACAGUAUGUGUAAACACUGAUCUGCUGUCCUGCUCUCUCUGAUUGCAGGAAGAAUUUAAAGACAGAAAGUGUGCGUGACUUGUGCCACUGCUCUUCAGCUGAACUCACCAUCUAUCCACUGUAACUGACCAUACUCACACUAGUGCUGACUCUGGGUGAUCAAGGUAAGUUUAAUGAUGUUUUUAUCACUGUAACUUUUUUUUAUUACACUGUUGCAUGUACGUGUUGCAUUUUACACCAUUUCACAGACGAUGAAUGAGGAUGGAUCUGUUUAACUGAAUGAAAAAGAAAAAUGAAGAAGAUGAAAAAAGUUUUGUGAUGUUUUCCUUCUGAAUGAGAAUUUUGUGACGACUGCUGCCCACUCAGGCUGUGGACCAAUGAUGCCACAAAGUGUGAUGGUCCUGACCUAAUUUAUCAUACAUAAUAAAAUCAACCAUGAUGCACUGAAAUGUUCAAAAUGCAUGAAAAAAUAUGUGUCGUGUUGAUGUCAACUAUUAUGGCUGAUAGAUUUGUUUUGUGGAUACAACUGUGUCACAGAAACAGUAAUCUGUAAUCAUGGGAGUUUUUCACAUAUAUUUUUGUCAUUUCAGGUCUUAUUCAGUCUAAAUAGGAGCUCACGGUGUACAUUUGAGUGAUGAAGUUCACUUAUGUGGCAUAAGCAUUUCCACAUAAACACUUCAAUGCGACUUCUUUCGUGAACACAGUGAAAAUCCAUCACAGCUAAAAUAGAUGUUGAUUUGCCAUUAAUAUUUUUCUUUUAUUAUCAUAUAAAAUAUUUUUAUUUAGCCAUAAUGCUAAUAAUAACAUCCACAUGUCCAUCCACUUUCUAAGCCACUUAUCCAGUUCAAGGCUGUGGGAGGACUGGAGCUGAUCUCAGCUGACAGCUGUGUGUGUCUGGAGGAAUGCAGGGAGAUAAGAACUGUCUCCAGCUCUUCUUACACAUGAUACUGAGAAAAAUAAUUUUUAAAAACUGUGAUUAUUAGAUACAGAACCAUGAUUAAUAUGUGGUUUUACUGAUGGUUUACACAGUUGCACAAAAACCUAAAACUGAUAAAAAUAUAACACAACAUAUUGAACAUAAAUAUUUACCAGUUACUAUAACUUAUAUGUGGUUUCACUAAGGGUUAAUUAUGUUCUCUAACAUAUCGAGACUAUCUCUCCAUUCGGUUAUGUCACAGACCUGGGCAAAAGUGUCGAAAUGCAGACCACACACGGAGGCACAGGUGAGCAUGAGAAACAGAACUCUUUUUACAAGAACAACUAAUAACGAUUCAGACUGUGAGUACACAAGUAACUAUGAACAACACGAAACACUUGGGCAACUAGAAUAAUUCAGUGGCAGGGGGCAAUGUUCACAGGGCCUUGAAACAGGUGAUCCAGCAAGGUGUCACAGGGAACUAGAACGACAGGAGGACAGAGUUAAAAGUGGUGUCCAAGGAGCCAUGACGAAAAUGUAUAAACGGAUCUUGUCUUACUUGGCAGGUUGAGGCUUAUAUGCACGAGAGGGGGAAAGAGGUGAAGCGGCGCUGAUUCCAGGUGGUGGGCUACAUGGGUGCUGUAACAGCUGGGCAGCCAGGUGCGCUGAGCUGUCUUGUACUGACCAGCGUCCAGAUGAUGACCUAUCACUGGGAACCUAUCAUGUUCAUCCACUGUAACCUGGCAACACUGAUAUUUGUGCUGACCCUUGAUCGUCAUGUUUAUACAAUCCUUGGAGGCCAUGAGGCAGUGCCACAUAGCAGACCAUACAUGGUGCUUUUGCAGAGGCACAUGUCAGAUGGUCGAAAGAAAUACUGUGCUGGCUUCCUUCUCAAUGAGGAUUUUGUGAUGACUGCUGCCACCUGCCAAGCCGAGUCCUACACUGCCUUACUAGGAGUUCACAAUGUGAAUAGUAAUAGCGAAAUACAGCGCAUAUCUGUGGAACAACCAUUUCCACAUAAACACGUCAACACAACCUCUUUUAUAAAUGAUGUAAUGCUUCUGAAGUUGAGCUCCAAGGCAAAGUUCAGUGAGAAUGUGAAGCCUAUUCCUCUGGCGAGUCAUGAUGAUGGUACUUUGCCAAAAUCAUGU